ACCCCUUUGCUGAUGCAACUAAGGGUGACGACUUACUCCCGGCAGGGACUGAGGAUUACAUUCAUAUAAGAAUCCAGCAACGGAACGGCAGAAAGACACUGACUACUGUUCAGGGCAUUGCAGAUGAUUAUGACAAGAAGAAACUUGUGAAAGCUUUCAAAAAGAAAUUUGCUUGUAAUGGUACUGUGAUUGAACAUCCUGAAUACGGAGAGGUUAUUCAGCUUCAAGGUGACCAAAGAAAGAACAUUUGCCAGUUUCUUCUUGAGGUUGGCAUUGUCAAGGAGGAGCAGCUUAAGGUUCAUGGAUUCUAAAAUGAACCUAAAUACAUGGAGAAUUUCCUGAAUGAUUUGGUCUCUAAACUCAGUUUGGCUGCCUUGUGAAAUGAUUCUCUGCAGUAAACGGACUUUUCAUUUAUUUAAUCAUUCAAACUCUCAUUCACAUCUGCAUGAUUACAGAAAGCAUGGGGUGUGUAGGCUAGUGACACAUAAGAAAAUUGCAGUAAGAUGGUAACAAAAACCCGUAUUCAUCUUAACAUGUUUCCAAUGGAAAAUAUUUUGUUUUGAGUGUUUGUUUAUUGUUCAGUUUAUUACUUUUCACUUGAUUAAAUGUUUUUUGUUGUAUUAAACCAUGUAUGUUGCAGCUUAACAAUAAAAAAAACUAUGAAUUCUUUUGUGAGCAGUUAUGCUCCCAAAUCUAAGCAAGUAA